GAUAUGGCCCUUUCCACUUUCCCACCUCUGUCCGUCUGUCAUCAUUUGAAUUACUCUGUGUUCUCUCCUUUUGCCUUCGGUUUUCUACGGUACUAAGUGCCUCCAUUUCUCUUUCCCGGGGCCUGUGAUUUUUUUCUCCUUGAGGCUCUUAGGUGAUGCCGGUUGGUGGUUGUGUGUUUAAUCAGAAGUAAUUCACUGUUUCCUUUUUUUUUUUUUAAGAGUAAAUUAAGUUCGAGAACAAGAACAGAUACUAGCUCUAGGUAGGGCCAGCGGUUACAACUGGUAAGAGUCUUGGGGGCUGGUGGGGCGGGGCAGGCUCUCUUCCUUUUAGGUUUCUUAGGCUGUGAACUCUUGACCUUGACGGGCCCACACCUUCCCUGGGACACCGAGCAGGGUUCCUAGAGGUGGGCACCAACCAGUGACUAGAAGCAGGGUGAAAACAGAAAGAUGCCUUCAUAGCCCCAACUUGGCAUUCCUGGAUGAUGGCAGCUGAACCACCCUGCCAAAGGGUGGCUAGGUCCCUGAACUCUGUAUGUAGCUUAGGCUUUGAGGGAACCACAGGUGUUAUCAGUUGUGAAAGAAGAGAAUUUGGAUAGCAGAACAAAAGAGAAAGCCCCUUGGAGUAGGUGUAUUUGUUACUGGAAGCUGCAUCAAAUCAUGAGGACUUUGCAAAGCCUCUCUGUCUAUUCAGUUACUGGGAGGUAAAUAGCUCCAGGAAGGAGUUCAGUCAGUCUUGGGGGCCAGGCUAGGAGUGGAAAAAGCUAGAAAGAGACACCAUGAAACAGGAAGUGUUUGGCCAGCUGAAGCCAGUGGAACCUGUACAGAAGCUCCCUCAGGUGGCCGAGGAGGCCUUGCUGGAAGCCAUGAAGACAGAGUGCUGGUGGAAGGCAUGGGUGAAGAAGCCAGUUACCUUUGAGGAUGUGGCAGUGAAUUUCACCCAGGAAGAAUGGCAAUGUCUAGAUGCCAGGCAGAGGGUCCUCUACCAGGAUGUUAUGUCAGAGACCUUCAAACACCUGGUAUCUGUGGAUCUGAUCACCGAGCUUGAACAAGAAGAGAAACAGUGGAGAGCAGAUCUCUGUCCCCCAAGUGGAGAAGGCCUCCCUUCUGGAGCCAAGAAGGAGGAACUUCAAGAGAGUCUGAGAGAUGAGGGGACUGGCAAUGACAGAAAGGUCUGCCUUGCUUGCAGAGGGGCAGGCCCGUCCUCUGCUCCCACUGAGUCCACAGACAAGACCCCAGUGUUCCCAGCAUCCUGGGUUGGGUCCCCCUUUACCUGCCACACCUGUGGCAGGUGUUUUAGCAAGCUCUCCAACCUCCGUAGCCACCAGUUUGUUCACAAUCCCAAGCAGACUCACAACUGCAACCAGUGUGGGAAGUCAUUUCGGAGCCCCAAGGCCCUCAGCUACCACAGGCGCAUGCAUCUUGGGGAGAGGCCCUUCUGCUGCUCUCUCUGCAACAAGACCUACUGUGAUGCUUCUGGACUGAGUCGUCACCGCCGUGUCCAUCUAGGUUACCGGCCCCAUUCAUGCCCCUUCUGUGGGAAGGGCUUCCGGGACCAGUCUGAGCUCAAACGACACCUGAGGACACACCAAAACCAGGAGCCAGUGGCUGGAAACUGGAACAAUACUGUGCAGAUUCCAGGCAACACGGCUGGAUCCCAAGAGCCUGUUGUCAAGAACCAGGAGUCCAGCCAGGGCCUUAUGGCUGGGGACCAUGCACCAGUGACCAGGAUGCGAGAACCCAGAUUUAGAACCAAGAGUCCUAUGACUCAGACCCAGCCAUCUAUAGACACGAAGCAGGCAGCUGCAGUCAAGAAGCAGGUGAUCACUGUGAGAACUCAGGCCCCAGCCAUUCCAACCCCACAGCCUGUGACUGGGACCCAGGCACCCAAUACCAGAGCCUCCUGCCUGGAAACCUGCUCCAACCCUCACCCAGCAAAGCCUUCAAGGCUCAAGGUCUUCUCAUGCUCUUACUGUCCUUCCACUUUCACCAAGAAAGCCUAUCUUGCCAGCCACCAGAAGGCCCACCUCACAGAGCAGCCCACCUGCUGCUUCCACUGUGGCAAGUCCUGCGGUUCAUUCUCGGGGCUGAUCAGACAUCAACAGGCUCACUGGAAGCAGAAGAUCUACCGCUGCCCUAUCUGCGAUGUCUGCUUUGGGGAGAAGGAGGGCCUUAUGGGUCACUGGGGUUGCUGCAAAGGCAAGGAGCUGUGCCCAGAUCAUCCAGCAGUAAUGGUUGAAGGAAACUGGAACACUGAGAGGUGUGGAAGAUGGGUGGAAUCCCAUCUGGGAUCCAGGUCUGGAGAUGGGUGGAAAGGGCAUGAGGAGAGAGAGCAGGAGGCACCCAGCCAUACAAGAGAGGGAGAGGAAGGGAAAGCCUUCUGAAGCACACCCUAUGCUGCCCAAGGUCCUUCGUAGGCUGCUGGGCGAGAUGGAGCUCUGGCCAGUAUUCUGUGGGAUUCUCCCCACCUUCCGUUUGGGUCAGGGCUCCCCGUGUCCUCACUCUGGAGCUCACAUAGCUCUCUCUCUGAUGCUUUGGACUCUCCAGUUCCAUCCCUUCAACCUUCCACACCUCUCAGCUCUGCCCAUCAAAGCUGGGAUCUUGGAAGAAACAAGCACCAUUUGCAGUAGUUUGCCAUAAUUUGCAAUGAGGAGGCUCCUGGUCUUGGCUUUGCAGCAGAGACUGUCCUAUCUGCCACUCUCCAAUAUAGGUGUCCUCCAGUGGAGAGAAGAGCACCUGCUUGGCCGCAGCCAGAGGGGGCUUCCAGAUGGAAUAUGGAGAGUGGAGUGGAAAGAUGUAGGCAGCAAAAUGGGGAAAGGAAGGAAGGAGCUGGAGAAAAGAGAAAAUGUAGAUGACAAAAGAAAUCAAUCCCAUUUGGAAUUCAGGGCGUCCCUGGAAGUGCAGAUUGAAUGUCCCCGCAGCAGGAGGCCAGUGAGUGUGCAGUGUGAUGGGCGUGACAUCCCCAAGGACUGGUCCUCCGACAGCCAGGCUCUCCUCUGCUCCUGCCAAGAUGCGAUGUCACUCAGAAGGGGUUUCCUGGAAGGAUGAGAAAAUAACUUGAAAAAUCUGCCAGUAGUUCUAUCAUGAAGCCAUUAAACCCAGGAGAGGAAAAGCCCUUUGGAGUCAUCGUGACCCUGUGCCUGCCUCAGUGGUUGGUCUUGGAGGUAAGGCACAGGGCAGCUGCUGGAAGAAAUGGGAAAGGAGGCCAACUUGGGGGUUCCUGCUGAGGGCACCAGAGGUGGAGCAAAUCUGCAGCAGGUUGGGGAACCCUUGCUUCUACCUCACAGAUAAGCCUGCCUUCCCUCUGGGAUUUUGAUCCCUUGAUAUCUGCCUUCUUCCUCUUUUAUGCUUUCCUGUCUUUUUGUUCUUAGUUUAUAAGAAGGAGAAGAAAACUUACUCAGCUCUUCAAGAAAUUGCCCUGAAAACAAAGAGAAACAGGUGAUUGGUAGAAAAUUACCAGCUCCCUCCCCACAGCCUCCCUGUGGAGAUUUGCAGUGACCCACCCUUCCCUUUCCACUAAGGGACCCCCACAGAGCUCAGUAAGUGGUUCUCAUAGAGUCUCUGAGGAGCCAGGGGUUGACUGUGGGAACAGAGAGGAAGGAAAUCUCUUCUCUUCAAAUAUUGAGCCCUGGUUCCACCCUCCUCCUGUUCCCAUUCAGAGCUGAUUCAGUCCCCCUCUGGUCAAUAGUCUUGUUUGCUGCCCCACCACUGCACCUGCUAGUCUUCGAUGUAGCCAGUUGUAGCAGAUGAUCAAGGCAACCAGCGGUCCAAGAACUGGCACAAUUACAAACAGGGUUAUCUUCCAGCAGGGGACCCUCAGAAAGUGGGGAUCUGAAUCAUUCACCACAGAACAAACAGCAUUAACAUGUGUUCCCCCCAUGUCCCACCACCUUUCUCUGUUUAUUAUUGGGGUCCAAGAACACCAAAGGAGUGGAUAGAAUUUAGGGAGUCUAUCUAUGAGCUUGGAUAUGAAAAGCACUACAUCUAUAUUUUCACUCACCUCUAAUUGAAUUUAGCACAUUUCUUCCAUUAAAAAUGUAGGCAGCAAACCACAGUUACCAGCAGCACCUGUGACUUUACCACCAAUGGAAAUAAAUCCCUUCAUUCCCAUCAGAGUUGAUGCAGAAAUCUCAAAAUACUGUUUAUCAGUAUUUUGAAAGUACAAGUUAUUAGAUGAGCUGUUCAUUGUUAUUUAAUGUAGUUUCCAUUUGUUACUAUAUCAGAUAUAUUUUUAUUUUGAUACCUGUAUUUCAAUGCAAUGGUUUUCUUAGAAAUUCUGUUAUCUUUUAUGCAUAUAUGGAAAAAUAUUCUGGGAAGGGUGCAUUAGGGUUCGCCAGACGGCCGAGGAGAAUCAUGGUCCAAAAAUUGGUUAAGACCUUUGACAUUCAGAUUCUACAACACAGAUCCUAUUCCUCCCCUUUGGGUCACAAAAACUGUGUGUGUUGCACACUGAUGGAAUGUCAUAAAUGCUAGGAUGGAGUUCUAGUGUGCUAAGUGCCAGGUGCUGGGGUUCCUAUGGCCUGAGGCCAUUCAGGAAGGGCUGCAUCUGCAGUAAACAAAAAGGACAGCGGCCAUACCCCGGAGGGGCCAACAUUUUUGUGCGGCUUGGUGUCUUCACUUUUCCUCCAAGAAUCCUUCCUUGAUGAGUCACGUAUAGUUUACUUGUUCUGUACUCAUGAGAACUCAUUCUGCCAUUCAGGCACAGCUGAUGGCAUAUAUGUACGUUGUUCUCUAGUUAAUUCAUGCGUAUUGCCUCCCCAACUAGACAACAAGUUUAUGCCCCAAAUAUCUUUUUA